AAGUUGCUGGUUGUUUAGGUUAGGCCUCCUCUCUCUCUUCCCUUCUCUUUCUCUCUGCAAAAAAUUUCCCUCUCGGAAUCCAAAUUUGAGAAUGCCACACAAUCUCUCUCUAAAUUAAAUACAGUGAAUUCGAUUGGGCACAAUGCUGGCUCCUCCAUGGCUGGAGAGGCUUCUAAGCACCUCUUUCUUCAACAUCUGCCGCAGCCACAGCGACGCCGCCCGGAGCGAAUGCAAUAUGUUCUGCUUGGAUUGCAAUGCCGGCGCCUUCUGCUUCUACUGCCGCUCCUCCAAACACAAGGAUCAUCAAGUUAUUCAGAUUCGGAGAUCUUCGUAUCACGAUGUGGUGAGGGUUUCCGAGAUUCAGAAGGUUUUGGAUAUAAGCGGAGUCCAGACGUAUGUGAUUAACAGCGCACGGGUUUUGUUCCUCAACGAGCGGCCUCAGCCUAAAGGUGGGAAAGCAGUCUCUCAUCUCUGCGAAAUCUGCGGGAGAAACCUCUUAGACACAUUCCGCUUCUGUUCUCUCGGAUGCAAGCUUGUAGGAAUAAAGGGAAAUGGGGAAGGAAGCUUUAUUAUCCAAGGAAUAUCGGCGUCAUCAUCAUCAAAUCAAGAGGAGGAAGAAUUGCGUGAGGGGUCACAACAAGACAUAUACCCGCCCACGCCCCCUCCACCUCCAAGAUCAAGAAGAAAAGGCAUUCCUCAAAGGGCACCUUUUAGGUCAUAAUUCUUUUUUUUUUUUUCCUAUUUACAAAUUCAAUUAACAAAAUUACUCCUAAACUACUUUAUACAACUCACAUUUUGGGGUCAUUGUCCCCCCUCAUAAAAAAGCAAUUGUAGGUACCAAUAUUUAAUUCAAAUCCAUGGAUUCUUUCUUUC